AUGGGAGACAUUGAGGCCGAACUAUGGAUACCGCCUGAUGUGUCUGAUAUUAUAUCAGCAGGUAAUACAGGACUUUUUGGCCUUUUGGCGGACGGAACGGUCUUAAAGUUUCCAAGAAAUAAAAACUACCCUUACAACAUUGAGCAUAUCGAGUGUGAAGCAUGUAUCCUUUCGGCUCUGGGAAAACACCCUAGAAUCACCAAAUAUCUGGGCAAGGAAAAGUAUGGCCUUCGCUUUGAACGCGCCGUAUAUGGUGACGUUCGGUCUUACAUGACAUCUGUUCCAUCUAAAAACAUUUCGACACAACUUCGACUUAAAUGGUCGAUACAAGGCGCAGAAGCAUUAGCUUUCAUCCAUUCGCAAGGCGUCAUACAUUGUGACCUUAAUCCGAAUAACUUCUUGUUGUAUGAUGCGCUUGAUCUGCGACUAUGCGACUUCUCAGAGUCUAUGUACGGCGACCUGGAAGCAAAAGUCAUGGAAAGCAUAAGAUAUUUCCUCCCAAGAGAAGAGUGUUCAACUCCUACCGUACAGACAGAUCUAUUUGCUUUCGGAUCUGUCGUUUACUAUUUUAUGACAGGCCAUGAGCCCUAUGAAUCUCUAUCAGAAGACCAAGUGACAGCGCAAUUUUCGAGGGAAAUAUUUCCAAAUGUAGAUACAAUCUUGGGAGGAUCAGUCAUUCUAGGCUGUUGGAAGAAAAGAUUCAAAAACGCAGAUCAGGUUUUCCAAGCUCUCACAAAGUUAGGCAAAGUCCUACCACCUUGCUAG